CCCGGGGGGGGCGGGGAGACACCCGGCUGCUCUGAACGCAGGCCCGUCCCCCGCGGAGCUCCCGGAUGUAGCCCCCUAUUCACUUCCGGUCGGGUCAGCCGUCUGCUUCCGGGUAACGGGGACGCUGGCCGCUGAGCGGGGGAGGCUGAGGCGGGACCUGGGCCCUGAUAUGGAUAACAGACGUGAUGAGAAAUGUGGAACACCAUGCGCUACAUCACAAGAAGAGAUGAAAGUCAGAGGGAAAGACAAGAGAAAGCGAAAACGCAGCAGAAGCAGAUCAUCAUCCAUUUCAUCAACAUCAUCUGCUAGUACUACUACUACAUCCUCCUCGUGCUCUUCAUCAAGAUUUUCCUCUUCUUCAAGCAGCAGAAGCAGUUCAAGUGGCAGAGAUUCUCCCAAGUCUAAAUCAAAGAAAAGGAAAAAAGAAAAACGCAACAAAAAGAAGAGGAAGAAAGAGAACAAGCUGAAGAAAAAGAAAGAGAAGAAAAAAAAGAGAGAGAAAUCAGGGCCUGUCCAGCUUUCCAAGUACCUUAAAGACAAAAAGAAGACCGAAAACUACAGUAUGAUAACAGGAAAAAAAAUUAAGAUGAAAAUAAAGAAGAGUAAAAAGGAUAAAGAGAGAGACCGAAACCGUGCUGAACUCCUCGAUUUCCUAAACUCUGCCUUGUAAUGGAAA